CUCACUCCCUGCUCCCUGCCAGGCCAACGCGCACGAUGGCCGCCUCCUCUGCCGCCGCAGCACAUGCCGAGGUGCCCUUGCCCUUGCCCGAGCUCUCCGACCCGGCGCGCUGGCUGCGCCGCCUGCUCUUUCUCGGCACGGGCACGUCGGGCCAGGUGCCCACGGCGCUCUGCACGCUGCCGCCCGCGCCCGGCAGUGGCGCACGCCCGGCGCCGGCGUGUGCCACGUGCAGCGACGCCAUGCAGCCUGGUAGCAAGAACCGCAGAGGGUGCUGCAGCGUGGCGGUCGUGGGCAGGGGCAAGGGCGAGGCAGAGGAGAGCCUCAUCCUCAUCGACUGCGGCCCGACGUUCUACGGCACCGCCACGCUCGCCGCCUUUGCCGCCAACGGACUGCGGCGCAUCACGGCGCUGCUGCUGACGCAUGCGCACGCCGACGCCAUCCUCGGCCUCGACUCGCUGCGCGCGUGGACGAUGGGCGGCGCCAUCCAGCAGCAGGUCGACGUGUACUGCACGCAGGCGUGCUACGCUGGCGUCGCCGCCAUGUUCCCCUACCUCGUCGACCGCGGCAAGGCCACGGGCAGCGGCAGCGUCGGGGCGCUGCGCUUCCACAUCAUCGACGAGCGGCCAUUCGCCAUCGAGGCGCUCGACGGCGGCACGCUGCGCGACGGCGACGGCAAGGAGCUGCUCGUCACGCCGCUGCCCGUGCAGCACGGCUUCGACGGCGCGCAGCCCUUCCCGGCGCUCGGCUUCCGGAUAGGCUCGCUCAGCUACCUCUCCGACCUGCACCACGCGCCGGCGAGCACAGCGGCGCUUAUGCGCGGCUCGCAGCUGCUCGUCCUCGACGCACUCUCGCCCUACCGGCAUCCCUCGCACUUCUCCCUCUCGCAGGCCUGCUCCAUGGCGCUUUCGCUGCCGGGCGCGCCAGAAGAGCAGCCGCGGUUGGCCCUGCUCACGGACCUCACGCACCGCCUUAACCACCAGCACACGGAUGCCGGACUGCAGCGCUUCACGCGCGACCUGCGAGCAUGGCGGAUAGCGCGUGGCCCAACAGAGGACGAGGCACAGAAGUCGCCGCCGCGCAAGAACGGCAAGCGCCACUCGCGCGGCGAGGGCGGCGAGCCGCGCUGGUGGGCGGGCGCCUGGGACGAGCGCGCCAGCGAGGGCCGCAAGGACGGCCUGCCGUGUCUCGAGCCGGCGGCGGCCACACUCGUGGCGCAGCAGGACGCCGAGCUCAACGGCGCCAUGGCCGGCCUGAUGGCGCAGCAGCGCGGCGUGCCAGACAUACGCGUCGCAUGGGACGGGCUGGUGGUGCCGUUCGACGGCGAAUGAGUCUCCGGGGCUGCGGACUUGCUUCUGCGUUAUUGUAUAGACUGAUGGACGCGCUUU